AUCUCAAAAAUAUCCCAAUCAUAUGUGGAUGUGGUUUUCAAUGGACUCUUUAUUAUGAUGUAACCGCAUCCAAUGAAUAUAUGUCACACAUUGCUGAGAUAUUUCUGGUAUGAUUAUUUCUGAGAUCUCUAACUUUAUUGUCUCAUCCAUAUUCGACUCCAACCGAAUAGGUACCCCCAAUUAACAGCACCUCCCUCUUGAUUUUUUUCAACCCUGUGAGCAUGCAAUCCCGUGAUUCUUCCUUACUUCCUCCCUCUCUAGAAAGCUUUGUCUAGAACUUACUGGAGAGAGAGCCAAAGCCAUGGCUGCCUGUGGAAGCAUCCAACACAUGUUUGAAAACCCUUCAUCUCCAGAUAACCCAAAAUCCUACUCCUCAUGGAACCAAAUCAAACCGAUAGAGCAGGCUUCCUUCACUGAAAUCUUCGGUGAACUUCAUUUCAAAGAGAAGUCUAACUCUUCUUCCUAUUCAUCCUCCUUUCACAUGCCAUCUUUUAUUGACUCCCAACUCACGAACAGGUGUUCAUCAUAUAACAAUCUGCAACUUGCAUGUCUCACCUUAGCUAGCCUGUAUAGACUUAACUUUAAUGACAAUAUGAUCAAUUCAUCUUCUCAAACAAACUUUAUCUCUGUUCUUCACUUGCUUGCUUCAAUGGCAAUUUCGUUCAUACAAUUCAACAACAACAAGACCUUAUCUUUGGAGGCUUUUUCAAGCACCCAAAAGACCCAAUACAAUCACAAGAAAAGUGAGAAUUUUUCAUCCAUGAAUCAUGAGAGUCUGCAGCUAUGCACUGAAGGGCUUGGGUUUGAAAGCUCUGAUGAUGUAGAGGACAUGAUUAAUGGACACCAGGAACAACAAGAAGAGAAAGCCAUGAGAACUACUAAGAAAUCAAAAGCAGAGAAUCUAAGUGGAGAGUUGAAGAGGUCAAGGACAAGUAAAGCAGCAUUUCCUCCUCCAAUUUCUUGUAUUGGAGAGAGUGGGAAGCCUUGGGUUUGCUUCAAGUCUUACAGGGAAGAUGGCAGGUUUGUUCUGAAGGAGAUGAGGAUUCCAACUCCCGAGUUCUUUCAUGCUUGUAGAGAAGAUGGACGCCUGAAGCUGCAAUUUGUUCAGCCAAACAGUGAAAUUAUAGAAGAAGAAGAAGAAGAAGAAGAAGAAGAAGAAGACAUUGAUGAUGAAGGCCACAGCUUCAUAGAAGAUUAAGAUGAUGAAGAAAUUGAACAGCAAUGAUGAAGAAACAGAGUGCAUGAAAAUUAUACCAAGAUAGGACAGUAUCAGAGUGUUUACCAUUCAAAAAGAAAUGCACAUGCAGGUAAUUUGAAGAAAACUUUCUGCUAAUGUUUUUUCUACCGUAAAAAGGGAUUUUCAGGAAGA